AUGAAGGGCCCAUGUGUUCGAGUGUUUGUGACUCUGGCUUCGGCGACUUUCCUCCUGUCGAUCCUCACGCCCACCGCCCGCGCCCAAGAAUCUUCUCCUUCGAGAAAAUGGGGGGAUAUUUUGAAGACUUCUGGAGAUGACAUCGAUAUUGAGAAGAUGUUUCCCACAUUAGUAACGACCAAUAUGGGAAACGGAGGAAGCAGACAGGGCUGUGGGGGAGAUAUAGACAUAGAAGAAGGGGAAACUGUUGUAUUGUUUUCAACUAAUGACGGAACCAAAAUCAAAUGCACAUAUUCAGUUAAGAGUCCACCUGGAACAAACAUAGGCAUUGUGUGUCCCCAGUUUAACUUGAAUCCUGCAGGCUGUCGUUCUGAGAAAAUGACCCUGAAGAUAAGCGGAGGGAAGCAGUCGUCCUUCUGCGGGGAUGAUGGCCCCAGCGUCAGGGCGCCCGGGAACAGCUUGAAGAUCAUCUACAAGAGGAAGGCGCUGGGUUCGAACGAGUGCUCCGGUGGCUUCGUGUGUGGCCUCAUUGCAUUAGAUGAAUGAAGCUUGAUCAACAUCAACAACAAAUUCCGGAAAAUAAUGAAAAUCUUCAAGACUGGCUUUUGUGUGAUGGUUUUCUUCCUGGAUUUUAUUCCUUUAUUUAUUUAUUCAUCUAUAUUCUACUUUUUUCUCAAGGCUGGUUUUUGUGUAAAGUGUU